UAAAUUCAAAAUUAUUGUUAUUGUAUUUGAGUACGGUAGUAAGCCGUUUUAUUACUAAACUGAAAAUUGCUGUUUUGGAAUUCCGUCAUAAAUGCUUCAUUUGUUUUGAAGGGAUCCAAUAACUGGUCUGACAUUGCAUUACGCCGUAAACCAGUUGACACUUUACGUCCAACAUGAAGAUCGCAGUAUUUGGAUUUUUGUUCAUUGUUAUUUUAUUCGCUUCAAGCAGUCCAGUAGCAUACGGGGACAACGGAUUCGUUUGCGACAACGUAUUGGGUGAUCUUCAGAAUGGACCAUCCAAACUAAAUGACGCCUACUGUGCGUCUCGUUGCAUUUUAAAUGGCAAUCAAGGACAAUGGUGCGAUCAAAAUAAACGGUUUACUGGAUUCAUAAGAUAUUGAUAUUACAUGAAUGUACCUGAGUUCUACAACAAAAUGUCUAAGACAUUUAUUUACCUAUUUAAAUAUAUUAUUUAUAAUUUAUA